AUGGCGAAGUCAUCUCAAAAGCCACAUGCAAUCAUGAUUGCACUUCCAUUUCAAGGUCAUAUUAACCCUUCUGUGAAUCUUGUUAUGAAACUUGCUUCAAAGGGUUGUGCCAUCACUUUUGUCCAUACAGAAUUCAUACACCAAAUGUUGUCCAAAUCCCAGAACUCCAGUAGUGAAGUUGAUUUGUUCGCUGAAGCACGCAAAUCUGGUCUUGACAUUCGUUAUACAACAAUUUUUGAUGGUUUUCCUGUUGAAUUUGAUAGAUUUCUGCACUCCGUUGAGUACUGGGAAACCAUGUUGAGAGAUUUCCCAGCUCGUGUCGAUGAAUUUGUUGGGAAAAUAAUCCGGUCUGAUCCCCAGUCAGCUUAUUUUCUUAUUGCUGAUACUUAUUACACUUGGCCUGCAACAAUUGCCAGGAAAUAUAACCUAGUGAAUGUAUCAUUCUGGACAGAACCAGCAUUAGUUUUUUCUACAGUUUAUCACUUGGACCUUCUUAGAGAAAAUGGUCAUUUUCCUUGUAAAGACAAUAUUGAGGAGAAUAUAAAUUACAUACCCGGAGUUUCUUCCAUAAAUACAAGGGACUUGAUGCCAUUCUUUAAAGAAUCUUCCAAAACAACAUUGCCGCAAAAGGUUAUAAUAAAGAUAUUUGACCAAGUGAAAAAUGCAGAUUUUAUCUUACAAAACACUGUUCAAGAACUAGAAUUUGAGGCAAUAUCAGCUCUAAACCAAAAGCAGCCAACUUAUGCAAUUGGCCCUAUAAACUUUUCAACCGGUUCCACUAAACCAGCCACUUCUCAGAAUUUAUGGCCGGAAACGGACACUAAAGCAUGGCUUGACUCGAAACCCACCAGCUCGGUUUUGUACGUGUCAUUUGGCAGCCUCGUUCAGACUAGUAAGCAGAUAAUUCAAGAAAUAGCUCAUGGACUUCUCCUUUGCAAAGUUAGUUUUCUUUGGGUGAUUCGAAGUGAUAUUGUGAACUCUAAUGAUAAUGAUGUUUUGCCCCUUGGAUUCGCGGACGACAGCAGAGAUCAAGGGUUGAUUGUUCAAUGGUGCAAUCAAAAUAAGGUGCUUUCGCAUCCGGCCAUUGGAGGGUUCUUGACACAUUGUGGAUGGAAUUCGGUAUUGGAAAGCAUAUGGUGUGGUGUACCUAUGAUUUGUUAUCCGUUAACAAGUGAUCAACCUACUAAUAGGAAACUCGUGGUGGAUGAUUGGAAGAUUGGAAUCAAUCUCUGUGAUGGAGAAUCGGUUACGAGGGAAGAAUUUGUAGAGAAGAUUGACAAAUUGAGGAGUGGAACAGUUUCAGAUGGAUUAAGGAUGGAGAUCAAGAAGAUAAGAACAAUACUGCAUAAGGCUUUGGCAGUAGAUGGACCAUCAGAGAAAUUUUUUGAUCAAUUCAUUAAAGAUUUGAAGGCUAAAAUUCAUGUUAAAAUGCAGGAUAUAUCGACAAGCUAG